GAUACGAUCUUCUAAAAGUCAUGGUAAACCUUCAUGGCAUAAAAUAAAAGAAAAUACAUUUUUGGUGUGGAAAGCCACAAACUAAUUGCUUGGAAGACAGCCUAAAGAACUAUAAAAUUACUUUCAGCAAGAGAUAAAACCAUCAAACCACGACAAGCAUUUUAAUCAAACGUAAAAGCAGUAGAAUAAUCCCGAAGAAUUGGCUGAGUAAGAAUCUAAAGCGAUCAUUUUUAACUGUCCUGCAAAGGACAGACACAUUUUUUAGUCACAUGUAUCUGGAAAUGUCCCUCAUGACACCAAUUUCUUAAAUAGUUCGCUUUAUGUUAGGAAUAACCACCGGUGGCCUGACAAUGGCUCUCAUUCAUGUGCGUCUUGGAGACCCUAACCUUAAAAACCAUUGACUCUUAUAAAACCGUCGUACAAGUCGUUGGAAACACGCAGCAAGCAUCUUUCCCAGAACGCGAGGCGCUCACGAUCCGGUACCGCAUUGUCAAGCCAGUGUCGUGGUUCUGCGUUGCAGUGUAAUCGCGGCUAUAGCGGUGGAAAUGAAAGCGGGUUUUGCCCUCGUCCUCCCACUGCUUUUGACUAUGAUCAGCGCCCAGAUAGCUCACUGGGGAGGCUGCCCGGAUCCACCAGUUCAGCCGAAAUUCAACCUGCAAAAGUAUCUUGGGAAGUGGUACGAAAUCGCUAAGCUGCCGGCGCAGUUUGAAAAAGGACAGUGCAUCGAGGCGAAUUAUUCAAUAAGAGACGAUGGGAGCAUAAAAGUAUUUAACUCGGAAAUACUAAAGGGAGAAUUCAGAACGAUCGAAGGGACAGCGGUGGUUCAGGACAUCAAGGAGCCAGCGAAGAUGGGAAUCACCUUCUCUUACUUAAUACCUUAUACCCCGUACUGGGUGCUGUCUACGGACUACGAGCAGUCGGCGGUAGUUUACUCCUGCACUGACAUCUUGAGCCUCUUCCACGUGGACUUCGCCUGGAUCCUGGGCCGCACGCGCUCGUUGCCGGCGGACAUCGUCCUGAGAGCCAAAGACCUUUUCACUAACAAUAACAUCGACGUCAGCAAGAUGAUCUUAACCCAUCAGCAGGGCUGUGACGUGGAUUCUGUGAAUUAAAAUACCUUUGCCAAAGAUGAA